GAAAAUCUUCAAUGCGGAAACGCGUUGCGUUUCUCGCGAGUCUCGGGUCGAAAUCACGAAAAUGCGAAAAGUGGAGGGGGACAUGGACGCGGGGAACGCGUGGAACGUGAACCGCCACCGCCACUAGUGUUGUCGACGAGAAGGGUCGACACCGUCGACUCAAGGAGGUGAUCGGAGUACGUCCACGCUCUUUUUUCCCCCUCCUCCCCUCCCUGCCCCGCGGACGUCACGGGGGCCGUGAGGAUCGCGUGAGGAGCGAAACGGACGUCGGACGGCUGGUGUUCUGCGACUGGCGUGCUCGUGAAUACCGGGGGCCCGUGCCGGUGACGGACGCGCGGACUGCUCGCGGGGUGUAGUGAAACACAUGUGUCGCGGCCGUGCGGUGUUUUCCACCGCCGCGGACUGCUGCCCGUCGCCGUACCGUCGCCGUACCGCGGGCUGCGCGAGGUCUCGGGCACGCGGACCGCGGGAGCUCGGGGCGACCGUUCCCGCAGAAGUUCACCAGGACGAUGCGCCACGCUCCGGCGGCGGCGGAGUAGCCAGCAGAAGCGGAAGGCGGUAGUGCGUGCGUGGGUGGGUGGGUGUCUGGCGACCGCCAACACUCAUGCACACGGGAUUUCUUCUCCGUGCGCCCCGCGAAUGCGAGCCGUCGCGGUCGAACUGAUACCGAUCGCGCCGCCCGACGUGGUGUCGGCACACCCGGAAUAACCCGGAGUAACCCGGCGUCGAUCGCCGCUGGCACGCGCACGUUGUAUUCCCCGAGUGGAAGAAAAAAAAAUGAGAUAUGUCGUCCCUCCGUCUGGAGCGUUUGACGCUGCUAUCCGCGCGCUGUUGACUCCACUGGGACGAUGACACCGCGACCGAGCCAGCGACAGAUCACCCUGGAGAACGGUCACGCACUUCUGCCUUCUGUGUGCCUCGAGAACGAAUAAACGGGCACGACCGAGCCAAACCUGUGUGUCUGUCAGCCAUCAUGAUCGCCCGCGAGUCAUGACUUCUGUGCUCCACUAUUUCUGACGUCCCGCCCAAGUGGCAUGAGUUUGGUCCGCUUGUCCACGUGACACACGUGCCUCAGACUUUUUGUAAAUUGUCAGGUCCUCAUUUUGUCGGAGGACAGAGAAAGGAGAUUUCCGGAGUACGAGGAUGUUCCUCGCGACUGAGUCCAAACGCUACGACGUUUCAGGUUUAACUGUUUGAGAGAAAGUCAACAAGUUCUGUUAUCCUGUUGCGUCACACGUUGGAAAGUCCAAGUAUGAGAGGUCCAGCGGAGGAAAAUGGAUAUCGGUAAAGUAUCAGCAUGCGCGAAAAGUCAGCAGAAUGUCAUGCUCACGCAGGUCACGUGAGGGGCACGACAGAGAUGUGCUCGCGUGAUCCACCUACAUUGCACCCGACCCUCGCCAAGGCAAAUGGUAAAAAUUCAAGUCCCCAGCCAGCUCAUCAUACCGAGGCACAACGCAUCGACAGCAAUCUGCUGCCAACUCCUGGUGGUCGCUUGAAAUUCUUCAAAGAUGGAAAGUUCAUUCUGGAAUUGUCUCAUCGCAGGGACGGAGAAAAGACUACGUGGUUUCCCGUGCCAAAGAAAACCUUUUGGCCACCCGCCAGCACCAUCCCAAAUCGGCAGGAGAGCUCUACUUCCCUCAGUGUUUCCGAUGACAAUUCGUCGGUCCAAUCCAGUCCUUGGCAGAGAGAUCACUGCUGGAAGCAGACCCAUCCCCGACGCAGGAUAACCACGGAAUUUAAUUUUUAUUAUCGUCGAAAUCCGAAGACUCGUUUGUGCGCGCAUCUUCGCUUGAUAACGAGGAAACGCAGACGCCCAUUAGAUUCCACGACCGUGAUCUCAAUUCCGGAAUCAACGGCUAAUUCGACGAGAUUGUCACGGAAAUUGAAUGGUACGUCGUCGUCGGGCAAAGUUCUUAGUCUGAUCAUCGAUAAAUUGGCUCGCCUGCUGGAUCCUAACGUCGUGUCACCUCGCAAACGUAUACUGCGAGAGUUGGAGAGAGUCUCGCUGGAGGAUCAGGCGUCCAAGAGACGAGCCACUCCACAGCCGGUUUGCACAACGAGUGCGCCGCCGACUCCCUCUUCGAAGCAAGUGUCAUCAUACAGUAUAACGAGUAUUCUGGGGGAGGACAAACCGAGUCCCGAGCCGGGUUUCUUGAGGACAUUGUUGAAGCCGGACGACCGGCAGCCUGUGAAAUACUCAUCGACUAACGCCUAUCCGAGGGUACGAAUCGAUCCCUACAUCGGAUCCAGCAAUACAUCCGUUCAUCAUCCGCUCUACGGGAUACCGAUGUUGCCACCUGGACCGUACAGAGCGGCGCCUUUAUGGAUGGCGCCUCAUUAUCCAUCUCCCGUCCACUAUCCGCCUCCCAUGCAAUUAUACGCAUCGCCGCAUUCUCAUCCGUUGUCCCCACAUUACAAAGACUACAGGGAACAAACUCUCACACCUCCUUCAGAUAUGCCUCUGAAUCUGUCGAAGCAUGCGGGUUGAAUCUCAGGAUCCCAAUAGAGUUGGUGCCUUACGAGUGGACAAAACACUACGCAAACACUGCCCGUGCAACGACAAUGCGAUAUAUAUUAGUAUUUUUUUAUUCAUAAAACAAUAGUAUCUUAGUAAGUAGAGAGAGAGAGAGAGAGAGAGAGAGAGAGAGAGAGAGAGAGAGAGAGACGAUGAAGCCAGAUAGUUGGAUUUUGGGAAAGCUAUACUUGUACAUACAAAUGCAUAAAUUUUUGUCAAUGGCGGCAUAGGUAUUUUAUAUUAAUAUUAAAUACAAGAUAUUCAAAAAGAAAAAGUCAUGAGUGGUAAUAUACAAAAACGUUAUGGAUAAAAAAUGCAAUUAUAAGUGCGUGUAUACAUGUUACACAUAUUUUUAUCAUACGCGACCUGCAAGUAAAACGAAUGAAAAGCUUUCUAGAAAAGAAAGGAAAAAAAUAAAAGAAUCGAUAUGCGCGGUUUUUUUUUAAGACGAUCAUAAAUCCUUAUUAGUCAACGCGGGAAUGUAUAUUAGCAAUCGAACGAGUCAUUCGUAUGUUUUUACUUUCGACAUUGCUACUCAUAUUUUGUAUAUCGCGAUGAGGAUGGGUGAGCACGCGUAAAUCUGUGCACGAGCAGGUCUCAUCCUAUACAUCUCAUUUAUGCAUUUUCCCGUUAUUCUUAUAACGUUACUAUCAUUAUUAUCAUUAAUGAAAAAAAAAAUGGUACAUUAUCUUAAAGGAAUCGAUAAGAAAGACAUAGGAUUAUGUACAGAACAGAUUAUUGCCUCUAUAUCUCUAGCGCAUUAAUUAUUCUUAAAGAUAGAAAUGCAUAAUAAAUUUAGGCUCUAAUAGAAUAUAUCCACAAUGGUAUACAGUUAUUUAUAUGAUAUUAUAUAUAACGCAAAAAAUAUGAGAAAGAGAAAAGGAGAUAGAGAAAGGACACAAAAUUACUUUGGUAACGACCGUGGGGUGUGCCUUACAGAUAAUUAACGAAAUUCCAUGAAAUUAAAUUAUAAACGUUCUUGCGGAUGUGUAUUAUUAUAAAAGGAGGCACUAUAUAUAUUAUGUAUAUAAUAAAUAUAUCUUUGUGUUACGUGUAUUUUCAUCAAAUCGACAUUUAUUCGUUGCUCUAUUUAUUAUUAGUCAGGCGCAUCGAAAAACAUUUUCACGAGAAAGCAAGGCAAGCUCGCACAGGUUCUACAAACAGAUGAGUAAUUUUAAUUGUUCAACGCGUACGCGAUUCUCUUUAGCGAUUCCGACAAAAUGGAGAAGUAUGUGACUGCGCAUUAGCAAUUGUAUAGAAAAAGACUAAUUUCGUAAAUAUAAAUAUUUCAUAUACUACGCACAAACAUUAUUUCAUUCUCCACGAUCUCUCUACAACCUGAAACCUAUUCUCUUUUAACAAUAAUUAUUAUACUAUUCAAUGU